AUGCUGUUAUUGCAAAGUAUAUCCCCAACCAUGAGAAGUAUCCUCCCUUUGAGAAGAUCAGUCUUCCCAGUAUCCCCAUACCAGGAUCAAAGAACCUGGAAAAUGACCCCAUCAAUGAUCAGGGCAAGAAGCCAAUACUUCUGGCCUAACGCCAUCACUUUCACCGUAUUAGGCGGUCUUAGUGUCGGAAUCUAUUUCUAUACUUACCAUUUCUUGGCUAAAGAUGAGUUUGACGAUAUUGAAAUCCCUCCAGUUAGCGAAGAAGACUUGAAGAAAUUGAGAGAAGAAUACCAGGUCGAUAUAUCAAAGAAGAACUGA